AUGAGCUCAAUAUAAGAAAUCGAGAGUUGUUUAUCAUAAGCUAUUCAAUAAAGAACUGCUACUGAAAUUGUAGCUACUAUGGGCACUAAAGUUCUAACUUUACAGAAUUUUUAAUAUUUGAUUAAAAAAUACAAUAAGAAUAUCAUCAAUAAAGAAGUAGAGGAAUAUUAUUAUAAAAAACUCACCGAUUUUGAUAGUAGAGUUGGAAUAACAUAAGAAAUUUUUGAGAAGAUGGUUGAAAAUUUACCAAAACCUAAACGAAGGUAAGAUGUUGUAAUGAGUUUAAUUGAGGGAAUAUAAUCUAAAAAAGCAUCUUUAGAAAGAAUUUUUAAAUUUUUUGAUUAUGAUGGUGAUGGAAAAAUGUAAUUAAAUGAAAUGAAAGAGUUUGUGGAAUACUUGUAUCCUGAUAUUACUGAAUAAGAUAUAAAAAUUUUAAUGAAAAAUAACGAUGUGGUUUAAUUCUCAUUUGAAAAUAUUAAAACUUUAUUGUCGUUCGAAUAAAAUAUGAAUGCUGAAGUUAUUAUUGUAAAAGAUGAAAAUGAAACUGAUGAAAAUGAAGAUGAUGAUGAUAACGAAGAUGAAUUUGGAAUGUUUAAAGGAAACCAGGAGGAAUUCUUUGAUGAAUAUGGUCUUUCUGAAGAUUCCACCUAUUAUGAUGCUUUCGUAAAAUUUAAAAAUUUAUAUUAUAAAUUAAAAGAAAACAAAACGGUUUUUGUUGAUCCAGAUUUCAAACCUGAUUAAGUAAGUUUAGGAAAUGUUGGUAAUAAUUUUGAGUGGAAAAGACUAUCAGAGAUUUGGAAAAAUGUUUAAGUUUUUUAAAAAGAUAUAUAUCAUUCAACUAAUGAUUUAGGUGAUCAUUCUUUAGUAUCUCCAAGAGACAUAAAACAAGGUUAUCUGGGAGAUUGUUAUUUUUUAUCAUCUUUAGCAUCAAUUGCAAGUAAACAGUAAAAUAUUUUAAUUCAUUCUUAGUCCUGAUGAAAUUUUUGAUAUGUUUUAAACUCCUACUAUAAAUCCAUAUGGUGUUUAUGGUGUAUGGUUUUGUAUUCAGGGAGUUUGGAAAUUAAUUACUUUAGAUGAUUAUGUACCUGUUCAUAAUAAUGAACCGGCAUUUAGUGGAAGUGAUUCUUAAGAAAUUUGGGUCAUUCUAUUAGAAAAGGCAUGGGCUAAAUUAUUUGGAAGUUAUGGAAAUAUCAUUAGUGGUGAUCCUAGAGAAGUUAUUGCUAGUAUUACUGGUGGACCUACUUGGUGUAUUGGUACUGAUGAUAGUACAUUUAUUGAAAGACUUAAAUAAAUCACAAGUUCUCAUUAAAAUUAUAUUGUUUGUGCAGGAACACAUUCUGAUCAUCCAGAAAUUGAAUAAUUAGGAUUAAUUAGGAAUCAUGCUUAUUCGGUAUUGAACUUUAGAACUAUCAAAUUACCAACUAAAGAAGAAAUUCAACUUAUUUAAUUAAAAAAUCCAUAUGGAAAUGAUCAAGAAUGGAAUGGAGAUUGGAGUGAUAAAAGUCCACUUUGGACAUAAGAGUUAAAAGAUAAUGUUUUAUAAAACUAAGAAGAAGAUGGCAUAUUCUUUAUGUGUAUUGAUGAUUUCAAAAAGUACUUCGAAAGUGUUUUUAUAGGAUUUUGCAAUCCUUAUUUUUAAUUUAAUUCACUUAUAAUUUAAUGUCAAAGAAGGAAAUCAGCCUAUAUUUUAGUUAAUAUUAAAAAAGAUGGAGAAUAUUAUUUUUCUGCUUAUUAAAAAUCUUCAAGAAUGUUUAAAUAACAAUCAAAUCAGUUAUAACAAUAAUAUGAUUAUUCGGAAAUCCGUUUGAUAUUAUCAAAAAUGAAUAAGAAUAAUUCUAUUCAGCCAUUAACCUAUAGGACAGAAACAGAUAUGACCUUUAAUAUCAAUGGUAGAUUAUAAAAAGGGUAAUAUAUUCUACAAGUUAAAGCAAAUUGGAUAAUGGAGGAAUGGGAUUAAAAUGAUUUACCUUUGGCAUCUUAUGGAGAAGAUAACACAGAUAUGAAAUUUUGUUAGAAAAUAUCAAAUUUCUAGCAAGCAUCAAUUUUAUUUGAAGCCAAAGAAAAAAGAGCAGAAGCUAAACCACUUAAUCCAUCUUAUCCUGAACUUGUUGUUUUGAGAAGUAAAUCAUUAGCAUAUGGGUAAUUUUUAUAUUAAUUAAUAGUUAUCCAUUUAUUUAUUAUUAAAAUUUAUCUAAAGAAAAAACUUUUAGUUUUGAAUUACUAUUUGAAGGCGAAAUUAAAUUAAAGAAACCUCAUCAUGGUACUUAAGUAGAAAUUGAACUUAAGCCAGGAUAGGACAAAGUUAUUGUUUACAAAUAUUUAGCAAAAGGAUCAAAAAUGAAAUUUUAAGUUCAGAAAUUUAAAUGUGGAGGUGUUUGA